CAGCUGGCCAAUAAGAGCGCCCGCAUCGGGCUGAAAACUAUUCAACAUGGAGACAACAGUUGAAAAGCUCGAGGCCAUGUUCCUGAAGUCCGAGGCGGACCUGGAGUACAUCGAGAGGCGGCUGAAGCUGGAGUUCAUCAAAAGCACAGCGGAAAAUGGAUGUCCAACUGAGGAGAACCCGGCGCUGAUGCUGGAGAAUCUGAGGGCCAUCAAGGCCAAGCACGCAGCGCUGUGCACGCAGGUGCAGGAGAUCGCUGCGGAACAGAAGGAAUCCAUGGACUCCAUCAGGAACAACCUGGGCAGUGCCAUGGAGCUGGUGCAGCGCUUCCAGCAGACUACUGACGCCGAGGUUCAGCCCCUGACUGAGUUGGAGAAGGAGUCCACAGAGCUCCUGGGUUUAGCUGUCAGUGAGACCAUAACAGAGAUUCCUUCUACUGUCGCAGCUUCUGGACCCCAGCAGCCACCCACGGCUCCAUCAGGGCAGAAGAUGAAGCAGCUAAAGGUGACGGUGCUGCAGCGCCUGUCGUUGGUGGAGUUGGACAAGAAGGGCAACGUUUGGGAUGUCGCCGCCAGGCGCCACUCCACCUGUCACAUUGACCCGUCCCACUGGGAGGGUGCAGGGCGUUUAUUGAGUGACGUCGUCUCCUACAGCUGACGCACACGCCUCUCUAGCUGGUCAUAGAAUUUGAGUUGUGACCAAUGCAUGGACAUCCAGUGGAGUCGGUUCUCAAUAAAUGUCUGCACAUGCAGGCUGUCGCUAUUCUUGUGCUGCAGCCUGAUUGUAUCAAUUAGUCUGUAACUGAGACACAACCCCAAACAGCUGUUAUUAUUUUUAUUGGGCUACAACAGUCCCCCUCACAUUUUGAGGGGGACCGGGUCACUGUUCUGUGUUCAGGUGGGUGUACUGAUGGAGGAGAAACCUAAUUUUGUAAAGUGAGGUUAGGGAUGGAAGCCUUUGGGCAGGCGGAGGUUCUUUAAGAAAAUGCUCUUAAAACCAGUUGAUGUUUUGUAUGUGAUUUUUAUUAACGUGAAUAAAUUGGAAACUUGA